AUGGACUCUUAUUGCUAUGUCCCGUUUGGUACUGAGCCUGAAUGUAACCAGUUCCGAAUACUUACUCUACUACCCGGUUCGGAAGAAGAAAUAUUAGAAUGCACCCUAUCCCACGGGGAUAUAGGCGAGUCACCUCCCUACGAAGCCAUCUCCUACGUUUGGGGUAAUCCCCACGAUAAAGCCGGCAUCAUAUGCAACGGCAAGCCUUUAGCCAUUAAUGCUGGCCUUCACACUGUCCUACACCAUUUUCGUUCACCAUCGGAGAAGAGAAGUCUAUGGGCAGACGCGAUUUGUAUAAACCAGAGUGACAGUAAUGAGCGAGGAAGUCAAGUUAGUCGUAUGAAAGAUAUAUACUCGAAAGCUGACCGGGUCCUCAUAUGGCUUGGUGAAGAGAAAGACGAAAGCGACAAGGGCAUCGAGGUUGCUUUAGAUAUUGCCAAUGCUUGUCAUCAAUAUACUUCUUACGGUGGUUCACUCGUAACUAUUAGUUUCGAUGACGAGCUUACCAUUCGACUAUUUGGAAAAUUCAGGGAUAAGUCAGAGUUUCCUCGGCUAUCAGCUUUUGCUCGGAUCAUCGAAAGAUUGUGGUUCACGAGGGUCUGGGUAGUCCAAGAGCUUGCAUUGGCGACAGAUGCCAUGGUAUUCUGUGGAAACUCGCAUAUCAGCUGGUCUGAUCUUCUCGCUGCCAUCACUGCCCAAGAUCAUUUGAACUUGUGGCUCUCCGACCAUGAGCGUAACGCCUAUGUCUUCAUCCUAGAGAGAGCACGCGAAGAGUGGUGCGCGGGUAUCCGACGAAGCCUCCUUAGUGUCCUCUUUCGAUACCGGAUACUCGAUGCUACCGAUCCUCGGGACAAGGUCUUUGGGUUGAAUGCUUUAAUUAAAAGCGAGCUCUCCGGGACUCGGGCUUUGCAGCCAAAUUAUAAUGUUGGCACUGCGGAAUUGUAUACUGCCGUAGCAAAGGAGAUACUCGAACAUUCGCCGGAUCUUAACUUACUGUCUGUUCCCCGACGCUUCUCUGGUGCCGGUCCUUGCCUGGCAAACUACUCUGAUAUCAACGAAUUAAGUUUUACCGCAAGCGGGCUUUCGAAGCCUGAGAUUGUCCUCGAUAUAGACUCAGAUGUCCUCGGCGUCCAAGGCCACCGGGUAGAUCGUAUUACCACCGUUGGUACAGUCCUAAGACUAGAGCAUCUCCCACGGACGAACUACCACGGCAUCCGCAUUCCAAAGUGUGCCUUUGUCUUAGAUAAUUGGUGCCGUGUUGUUAGACUCUGGGAGUCGGAGGCCUACAUUACUGGCGAACCGAUUCGUGAUGCCUUUGUCCAGACAUUAGCUGCCGGAUCCAGUCAUGAAAGUGCUGAAAUAUUACGUGCACAAUUGGAUAUAUUGGAGAGGAAUGCUACAAUGGAUGAGGGUAUCGCGGUCAACGUUACUCCUAUCCGCGCUGAGCUGCUCGUCGCUCGUUCAGGGUUAAUAGAUCAGCUGCUCGGCGGUCUUGGUCUCGGCGACGGUGGCAAUGGUGAUGGCAAUGACAAUGGAAAGGGUCAUAAGGGCCAAGGACAAAAUGGCGCCGUCACCGUUACGGAGACAGUGAGGCAGACGAUCACGGUGGGAGCCGGAGCGGUAGGCGGAUUCAACGGUACAGCGGCUGUCACCCAAACGGUAACAGUCACUGAAACUACCACUGCCACUGCCGCUGGUGGGAUCGGGGACGCACUCGGAGCUCAACUAUCGUUCAUCACAACAACCGUCUACAAUACCGGCGCAGCGCCCACGGUAACAGAGACGGCUCUCGCUUCGACAGUAACGCAAAUCACCACCGAGACGGCUCCAGGAGCGAUAGUAACGCAAGUUGCUACCGAGACCGCCCCCGCGGCGACAGUAACGGAAGUAUCUACUAUAAUGCAGCCCGUAACGCAGGCCACGACCGUCACCGAAGUAUCAACGGUAACCAUGAUGCAAAUGAUCGCAUGCGGGACGCCCGUUGGCGCUCCGGUUCCGGCAGACCAAGCUUCAGCUAUCGCAUCGUCUGCUGCACAAGCAGCUUCCUCGGCUGCUGCCGUCCCGGUAUCGUCAGCGGCUCCGGUUGCGCCCGCGCCUGCACCUCCGGCUACAACUGCUAGCGUUACGGUAACCGUCACGGAGACUUCCCCGGCCCAGUGUCCCGUCGUGCCCACUUCAUCCGCCGCGGUUGAAUCAUCGACAUCAGAAGUGGUGGCGACUUCCGUCCCUGAGACUUCGGCCGCAGCAACAUCAAGCACCGCAGCUGAAACUACGUCGUCCGUAUCUUCUGCGCCCCCUUCAUCUUCAUCCUCGUCUUCAUCAGCAGUCGAGACGCCAUCCAGCUCAAGCGUAGCGGUCGUCUCUCCAAGCACCACCUCGGUCGCGACUCCUACCGCCGACUCCACCAUUCAACUCCCCGAAGUCGCUCCAUCAACGACGACCCCAGCUACAACAGCUCAAGCCAUCACGACUCCCCUCGCAGCGCAAUCUUCUCUCGCUCUCCCCGUCGAGACCCCGCCCGCCGCCAACAACGCCGGCAGCAACGUGACCCCCGCCGUUCCCGCUGUUACUGCCACAACCUUCGUUGGUGCCAAUGAGGGCCCGUCAAUCGAUUUAACCGGCAUCACGCUGACGAACAUUCUGACGCUAGGAAAUCUUGGCCGGAUCUAA